AUGAUAUUCCAGGGAGAACAGUACUAUCCAUAUGAUACUACUUUUAGGAUAAUGCUUUUCCUCAAAAAAUGCUACGGCAGAUACAUCACAGGAUUUGGUAAAAUUGUGAUGUCCUUAUAUUAUAGCCAGGAUCUUAGCCCUUUCAAAAAUAAGGUACCGGAAAUGAGAACACAUCAAUGCAGUAUGAACAAUGGUUUUAUUCAAAUAACGGAACGUCCAAUGGUUCAUCCACCCUAUAGUAAUAUUCGGGGCACAUACCUUCAGCUAACUACAUACUACUGGGGAUAUAUUCUUACGCUUAAUAAAAUAGUGCCCCCUAUAUAA